AUGGACCUGAAGUCGAUGCUCAACGAUUCUUCGACCCAGCGACACCAACACCACCAUCAACCUCAACCACACCCUCACCCUCCGCCGCGACUUCACACACCGCAAUCCUCCUACGAACUCACCCCCUCGUACGAGUCCCAUCCUCCCCUCGAGCGCCCUCCAUUGCCAUCCUCCUCUUCGUCGUAUCAUCAGCAGCCGCCGCCGCCAUCAAAUGAAUACCGCACCUCUGCCAACGGCUCCUAUUUUGCUGUCCAGUCACCACAACAACAAAAUUCAGCCUCCACCUCAGGGUCGACGCCAAGCGCAACCGGGCAGUCCUUCUAUGCGCAGAGUCCAGGGCCGCAUGGACAGAUACACACUCCGCGUGAAGGGAUCCCACCUUCGCACCCGUAUCAGUCUCCCUUUGUUCCCUCGCCGUCCCCGUCUGGGCCCUACCCUCCCACUCCAGGAUCCGUCCACCACUAUCAGGCCGCUACGCCUUCCUCUGCCACCACCUAUCAUCACUCCAGCGCACACCCUUCCCUGAGCGCCCAGUCUCCCACUUCCAGAGACGACUACAUCUCUGCAAACGGCCUUGCGCAUACACAGCAGAGGCACGUUUCACCUCAGGCUCAGUUUCACCCUCCUCCAGUCACCCCCCUCGGCCCGCCUGUUACCUACCCUCGCCCAUCACCUCACCCUCAUCGUCCGACGUCCCAUGGCCACGAGAGCGUGAGAAGAUCGUCUGUCGGCUCUGUCGGCUCGGCGCAGAGCAGAGAAUAUAAUCAGCCGCCCUAUCCGCAAGCGGAACAUUCUAGGAGCGCCAGUGGGAGCGUACAAAGGACUUAUUCUGGGGACUUGCGUGAACGCGAACGGAGCAUCGAGAGCGUCAGUCCCAAGACGAUUCCCAGGCCUCCUCCGGGUCGUCAGCAGAGUGUUGGGCGGUACCAGGAGCCCAUGUCUGACUCGCAUCCCAACGCGCAGCCUAAGCGGGCAUCCCUCUCCAACUCCAUCCCAAAUGCUCAAUUUCACACCACACCAGAUCGGAAUGUCGAGAAUCACAGUCACGAGACGACGCCCAAGAACCUUUCCACGUCGACUGAGCCCAAACCUGGUGUCCCGUACCCAGAUGCCCGCCCGAGUCCUGGACCAGGUGCACCUAACCAAUCUAACUCGACACCUCAGCUGACAAACUCGUCUUUACCCGCACAAAAGAGCCCUCCAGCAACCGCUCAGCCCCAACCUUCGUUGAAGCGGACUGCAAGUCAUUUGUCUGAUGUUGCAGCGACGCCGUUACCCCCGAAAAAGAGACCACGGCGGGACGAGAUCCCCAUAUGGGCGCGGAGUGCUCGUCGUAAUCUGCCUCUGAAGUUUGGCCAGCCGGCUGACUGGACUCCAGCACGGCAGGCCGGCUCACCCAGGACCCCUACGUCGCCUAGAAACGAUGUCCCUGUCAAGAAAGAAUCCAUGGCUCCCCAGGCUGUCAAUGGGCAGGUGCACAGUCACACAACGACACCGCCGGGCGAGCCUCGAUGGGAGCCAUCUAUCACUGGUGAAGCACCAUACGAUGACCUUACCAGGUAUAUCUGCAAUUGGAUCCAUAUGGUCAUCGGCAACGCGGAGCCCCCCGCUGGCGGAGCCAUGUUUGAGAUCGAAGCCAAAGUCGGUAUGAUAUUUGACGAACAGGCAAGCCUGCGGCUCAAUCUACCUGUGGAGACGGAGACGGUGUUCAGCAGAGACAAAUUUAGGGGCAGGACAAGUUUCAAGAGUUCCAUGGACAUGGCUCAGCACAAGGCCAUGAACAAGUUUCUUAACGACCUCGUCUGGGAGUCGUACCGGACAUCUCAGGCUUCCGGAGAACCACCCAGGAUUGAUUAUAGUCAUCCACACGAGUACGACGAAUUCUACGAACUGACCGAAGUGGGUCGGAAAAACCUGCCACCAUCCAUAAUGACAUGGCUCAAUCCUCGACACACACCUCGAGUGCGGCGGACGAUCGACGAGAAGACGAACACGGUCAAGGCACAGAUCAUCAAGACGCGGAUUGCGGACCUGGAAGUGUACAACCCUCGCUCUGAUUUCGACUACCGCGUCUCGAUCUCGGUUGAAAGUCCAUGGGAAGGAGAUCCAAAUUGGCUGACCGACAUGACUGAAGGCGGCCGCGAUAGAAAGAAGGACAGAAUGAGCUAUAGGCACCUGGCGUACCAGAUUGACCUAACGCAAGUCAGUUACCCCGACACCGCGGUGAAGGAGCACGAGUUGGAGGUGGAGAUUAGCACGGAGCAGAUCCGGAUCGAGAUCGCGAACCUCCGAGCUAAUCAACCUAGUAAGUAUGAAAAGCUCGUGGGAGGUUUCGUUGAUAAUAUCCGGAUAUUAUGUCGGGAAGGGACGCUUCAAAGGCAGACCAAGUGA